AACGCCCUGCAGCCAAAUUACGCACCAGAACAAGAGGCCGAGACGGAGACGGCAACAGCAGCUUUACGCAUUCAAACUGCACAGAGACUCUCCAGCUCCACCGGGAACCAUCUGCACAAUGACCUCCAUUAAGCGCAGGGAGUCGGUGUGCCGGAGUCUGUUCGGCCCUGUGGACCACGAGCAGCUGCGCCGGGACCUGAAGCACAAGCUGCGGGAGAUGAGCGAGCAGGACAGCCGCCGCUGGAAUUUCAACUUCCAGGCGGAGACGCCGCUGCCCGGCCGGUUCCAGUGGGAGGAGAUACCCGGAGACUGCGCUGCUGCUUUCUACCUGGAGCCCGCGGAGCCGAGGGAGGCUGCCAUUGCCCCGGCCACUGAGGAUGGGGAUGGGGUUGACGACGGUGGUGAUGACAGGAGAGGAAGCACAGGGACCGACCAGGAGAACUGUCCCCGCAUCUCCAACACCAAACAUCCCGCUGAAGUGACGCCAGUCCGGAGGAAGAGGUCUCUCUCCAAACCCGCAGCCAAACCCAGAAAUUACGCACGAAUUACAGAUUUCUUUGCAAAAAGAAGGAGGACGACGACAGAAACAAAGAUCCAGAUCCACUCAAGCUCCAGCGACGCAGCUCAGUGCAAAACAAUACGAUGAACGAGCUGCUAAAGAACUUAAAGACUAUUUAUAUUUCCACAUGCAGAACAUUCAUCUGGACUGGACCAAAGGGAUUUUAUGUUAUUUCAUUUUAAUGUAUUGCAUUUUUAUUUUGUGUGUGUGUGCCCUGACAUGAAAUUCUACAAUUUUGUGUUAUUUAUUUAAUUUAUUUAAUUUUUUAUUUUUGUCACAAGUUAUGUUUGUUAACUUAUCAGGAAGUUUUCCCUCAUCGUUUGUCAGUUUGGAACAUUUGAACAAGUGAAUGGAUUUUUGCUUUUGUGUAUUUAAUAUCUUGUUUGUGAAUAAAUGUUAAUGUGCUGAGCUGCUUCCAUUAAUGAUAUAUUUUUUUUAAAUGCACUAUGUUGUCCUCAAUAAGACAUAAGAAGCUUGUAAGCGUCUUCAAAUAUUUCGGUUUAAAUAAACUGUUUGAUUCUUA